CAGUCCAAGGCUUGUUUGAACUUAAUGUUGUAAAGAUCGUGAAGCUCGUUGUUGUUGUGGCGAAUUGUUGCUCUGCGAAAUAAGAUGCUCCUAAAAUAGAUUUGGCCCAACAAGUUCUGCUUUCUUAACAUCCAAAUAAAUCACUUUGUCUGCUUAAAUCUCCUGUUGUUUACAAUGUACUAUACUUUUUUUUGAACGAAGCAAUGAUUCCUGCAUCAAGCGGUUGGUAGUGGGAUGUGGUAUUUGGAGGAAGCAUGCACAACUCGAUAUUUUUUAACUGAAUUUCCAAGUUUUUAUGCGAAGGUGCAUUAUCCAUCAAUAAGAGAGCAAAAAUUGGACCGCAUCCAGCAAAAAUUGGACCGUAUCCAGCAAAAUUGGACCGCAUCCAGGCAAAAAUUGGACCGUAUCCAGCAAAAUUGGACCGUAUCCACCAAAAUUGGACCGCAUCCAAAAUUGAAGGACCGUAUCCGGACCGCAUCCAGCAAAAAUUGGACCGCAUCCAGCAAAAAUUGGACCGUAUCCAGCAAAAAUUGGACCGUAUCCAGCAAAAUUGGACCGUAUCCAGCAAAAUUGGACCGUAUCCACAAAAUUGAAGGACCGUAUCCGGACCGCAUCCAGCAAAAAUUGGACCGUAUCCCGCAAAGUAAUACUUGUAACAGUCCUUGACUAUUAUGGUGUAUUGAAUCAGCUGUCGUUCUUUUUCAUGUUUUACUAACAUUAACUUACUCAGCUUUGAUCCAAAAUCUUUUCCUCCAGCAAAGCGUCCAAUGAAGUAGGGGCCAAGUUUAUGCGAGCCAGUUGCAUUGGUGACAAGGACAACAGUUACACGACU